UCCUUUUAGUCUCUCUCUCUCUUUUCUCUUUCCCAGACAGUAUCAAUACUCAUCGGAAAAUUAUAUCAUCUAAUUGAUAUGCAGCAUUGUAAUUCAUAACAAAUUAUGAGGUAGUCAAGGUCUUUAUUCCGCGACAAAUUUUUUAGGCUUUUAACUCUAACUUGAGAGGAUUUAUGAAGUGAAGAAACAAUGAUUUGAUUUCAGAACUCAACAGAUCAACAAUUUUGUAAGGACAUAGUAUUAAGAUGAGUGGCAAGGACUAUGUUCUGGUCACAUUCAUAACGUUGGAUUUUGAUAUGCUUUGAUUAAGAAAGGAUGUUUCGACAUCGUGGUACUACUCCAUGUAAAGAAUGGAUGAAUGCACCUAAGGGUUCACCUCGAUGGAGUAAAGGUGUUCAAUCUUUCAUCCAAUUUACAGCAGAGAGUCUUGGUGAAUGUACCAAAGAAUUUCGAUGUCCUUGCAUGAAAUGUAAGAAUUUCGGUAGUUUACCAAAAUCUCUAGAUGAUGUACAUGGGGAUAUCCUUGAUAAUGGUUUCUUACUGUCAUACCGAAUAUGGAUCCAUCAUGGAGAGCAAGCUCGGGUGAAUAAUGUUAAUGCUCCCACCUUACCUGCAAAUAAUGUUGUGAAUUAUGCUGUUGCGUCUCAUUCGAAAAUAUAUGACUUGUUCAAUGAGGCGCAUGGAGGUGUACUUGGUCUUGAUACCCCUGAAGAAUGUCUUAAUGAUCCUGAUCACCUGCCGGCUGCUGCUGUUGAAGAUUGUUCUGGUGGUAAUGUUCAAGAUAAGGAUAUUGUCGAUUGCAAGAAGAGGUUGAAGGGUGCAGUGCAACCCUUAUUUUCAGGUUGUGGUGAUGAACAUACAAAACUGUCAGCAACAGUUGAGUUGUUAAGUAUGCAGGCAAGGUAUCAAUGUUCUGAUGUUUUCAUGACAGAGUUAUUGGGAUAUAUGAAAACUAUUCCACCAGCUGGGAACACGUUACCAUCUACUUGUAGUAAAACUAAGCAGAUGAUCAAGCCAUUUCAGUUGCCGGUGCAAAUUAUUCAUGCUUGUAUUAAUGAUUGUAUUCUCUAUUGCAAGGAUUAUGCCAAUGAUGAUAAGUGUCAUAAAUGUGGUGAAAGUAGAUGGAAAAAACCACCAGAAGGGAGUAGUCCAACUGCUAAAAAGGUUCCAAUGAAGAGACUGAGGUAUUUUCCGGUCAUGGAAAGGUUGCAACGGAUGUAUGGCACCGCAUGGAUUGCUGAGUUGAUGACAUGGUAUGCUAAGGUUCAAGAAAGUGCUACACAGUGGAUUCUGCACAGUGGAAGGAGAUUGAUAAGAAGUGGCAUGAGUUUGCUUCAGAAUAAAGAAAUGUUCGUCUAGGAUUAGCAACAGAUGGUUUUAAUCAUUUUGGAAUGAUGAGAACGCACAGUACUUGGCCUGUUAUGAUUGUUUGUUACAACCUUCCACCAUCUGAAUGCACGACAAAGGAUUUCACAAUGUUAACCCUGAUGAUUCCUGGUCCACUUCGUCCCAACCAUAACAUUGAUGUUUAUUUGCAGCCACUGAUCGACGAGUUAAAUGAGUUAUGGUCACUUGGAGCGGUAACGAUGCACAUACGAAGACUGACUUUACAAUGAGAGCAAUGUUGUUGUGGUGUAUACAUGACUUUCCUGCGUAUGCCCAUGUUUCUGGUUUGCGAACUUCUGGAAAAUAUGGUUGUCCUGUGUGUGGAGAAAAUAUAGAGGCAUUUUGGCUAAAAUGCAGUUCCAAAUUUGCUUAUAUGGGUCAUAGAAGGUUUCUAAGAGAUCGGUUCACCCUUAUAGAAAGAAAGCAUCCUAAUUCAACGGAUCAAAGGAUUUAAGGGUUGCACCAAGACGUCUGAGUGGCGGUGACUUGUUCCACAAGACAGCAACUUCAGAUAAGGAAUUUGGGAAGUUGGUAAAGCGUCCUACCGUUGAUUCUCCUUGGUCAAAGAGGUCAAUCUUUUUUCAGCUCCCAUAUUGGAAGUUUCUACAAAUCCGGCACAAUGUGGAUGUCGUGCAUGUAGAAAAGAAUUUUGCAGAAAAUCUGUUUGGAACUUUUAUGUGCCAUAAGGAUAAGUCCAAGGAUGGGGCUCCAGCGCGAAGAUAUUUAAAAAUGCUAAACUUAAAGCCUAGUUUGUGGUCGACGAAAAGGAAUGGAAGAGACAUACUCCCUCCUGCACCUUAUUGGAUGUCUAAGAAAGAAAGGGAAGUUAUUUGUAAAACUUUCAGCACACUUAAAGUUCCAAUUGGUUACAGCAAGAAUUGGAAAAAAAAAAGUAUGCUUGAAAGAGUUCCAACUGAAAGUUCUAAAGUCGCACGACUAUCACAUCCUUAUGCAGGGUUUAAUGCCUAUUUUUUAAUGCAUUGUUUAAAAAAACAGAAGCCUUUGCGCGAGGCAGUUAGAAACUUGUCGUUGUUUUUCAAAGUCCUUACCUCUAAGGUUAUUGAUCGUGAUGAGCUUCGUGUAAUGCAUGAUCGUGUCGUGGAGUCGUUAUGCGUGUUUGAAAUGUAUUUCCCUUCUGCAUUUUUUAUGAGUAUGACUCAUGUUGUCGUACACUUGGAAGAAGAGGCAUAUCAAUUGGGGCAUGUUCAAUUUAAGUGGAUGUACCCUUUCGAGAGGAUGAUGAGAGUCUACAAGGUUCUUGGUCGCAACAAAAAUCAUAUAGAAGGCUCUAUUACAAAACAGUAUGAGGUCAAUGAAGGCGCGCUCCAUUACGUCCAUACCCAGUUGGUUCGCAAGGAAAAUCAUGUUCAUUAACCAACUUACAGUAUGAACAAAUUAGUUUGUGGAUAUUGAGACACGCAGAUGAAAAUACUGAAUGGGAAGCGUAAGUAAAACCUAAGUUUAUUUCUCAUACAAUCAUUUCAUUACACUGUAAAAGUAACCUUCUAACUUUCGCUUAUGGUGUUUUAUUGUUGGAUUUGUUAACUGUUUUAGGUUCUAAUAUGCGACGUGUAUGUAAUGAGUUACUUUCCAUCUAACUUUCAUGAUAUGCGCACCUUCUUCUUUUAAAUUUAUUGAGCCUUGUCGCGUCUAGAGAACUAAUUCUCACUGCACAUGAGUAAAGAUUAUUCUCUCUUUUUCACUGCACACCUCUUUGUAGCAAUUGAAGCAGCAUUCUUAAUCUUUCUUUAUAGAACCUAUCCCAUUUUGCUGAAUUAUAUUGCUGAUAUACUGAAUGUUUGAAUAAUCCUAUGCAGUAUAUGUAUCAUGUGUGUAGGAAGUGUUCCAUUGUGGAAUUAGAUCAGUGGCGGAACUAGAUAUCUCUCUUACCCCGGGCUUGGAUAGUUUUUAACCCCUGGCUUAAGCGUAAACUUGACUUUGGAUUUUUGGCCCAAUUCAACUUGGGUAACAAAAAAGUGGGAUUUUGAACUUUUGGGGGUGGCUUCAGCCAGGGGAAGCCUGGCUGUAGUUCCGCCCCUGAAUUAGAUUAUGCAGACCUAGAUGGAAACUUAUAAGUUAAUUGUUAAUUUGUUUUUGAGAAUCAUUCCUCUCUUUGGUCACCAACGCUAAAUUAACGCAGAGCAUAAAUCAUCACAUUUUAACGCCGACUUCUUUUAUUUUCGAAAUUCUGCUAAUCAUCACAUUUACACUUUAAAAAGUAACCUUCUAACUUUUGCUUUAUUUCCUUUUCUUUCUUUUUUAUGUGACGGGAAAUUCAAUAUAUAUCUUUGCAACUUUAAGCAAACUCAUAUGGGAAGGAUGAAGUGUUUGGACUACAUUUUGUGGGUAUAGGAACAACUUGAAGGCAAUUCAAUGACAGAUUUCCAUAGUCUGGCAAUUGGUCCUUCCUUCUCGGAAGUUUCGUAUAACACAUACUUUAUCAAUGGAUAUCUUUUCUAUACAGCCGAUGCAGAAAAAGGUUUUAUUACACAAAAUAGUGGAGUUACCAUGGAUGCUUGUACCAGUUUCAGAGUAAAGAGAUCAUACGUGGAUCGAGAUAUAAACUCAAGGUUUGUCAGCUUCGAAAGGUUUAUGAGGAGCUCAAGAGAAGCCGACGAGCCAUUCAUCCAUGCUUCUCAAGCUAUACAAGUUUUUUACUACCAAGAUGUGACAAGGAAGCAUUGGAAUUUGGUUUUGGAAUCUCCAAUAAGAUCACACCCCAGUAAGAACGCUUAUGAAGAUCCAUUUUCCUUUACUGGAGCCGCGAAUGAAGCUUCAUCAAUUUCGACAACUGUUGGAGAUGAUGAGUAUUGGAAUGGAGAUGCUCAGGCCAAUUAUGAGUAUUGGGAUCAAUAUGCUGAGGAAACUACCUGAAUGUGGAUUGUGGCAUAUAUGCAAUCAUGUACACAGUUACACCUAAUUACAGAAAGGUACGCCAUUAUGAAGUAGGAAUAACUUCUUCAUCAUCAUCGGAUUUUAUAAUUUUGCUGUUUAAUCAAUAGUUUUUUAGUUCAUCGUUUUGUAAUCAAAUCCUAGAACUACAAAUUACAUUGGUCAUAACUACAGAUUUUAAUCCUUUGUGUAAUUUGAAACCAAUGAAUGUUAAAUUGAAUCAUUAUUUGUGUGCAAGCUUAA